ACCCUGAUUGGCGGACAGGCAGGCGCUGCAGCCCAUUGGGCGCCGGCGGCGGCCGAGCAGGGAAAACCAAAGGCCCUUCGGUCUCGCCCGCCCCACCCCCAGGGACGCGCGCCCCUACCCCGGCCAAAGGAAGGGUUGUCCGGCUCGAGCCCUGCACCCCCGACCCCCGGCCUUAGGUGCAGCUCCGCAGCCAUCCCCGGACCAGGGCGGGCACUUGGCCUGUUGCUCAGCGCAACCACCCUCGCCCUCCCGAGCCAUGCACCGGGAGACAAGCGUCCGGCACCGGCCCCCCAGGCCUCCCUGCAGCACCCCGUAAUGUAAUACACUGGGGCGGGGGAGGCGGCGGCGGCGGCAACCGCGGAGGCGGCGGCGGCAGCCGCACUGCCCCAAUCUAGACACAUCCAGAAGAGGAGGAAAAUGGCUCCGAGCAGGGACCGCCUGCUGCACUUUGGGUUCAAGGCGACAAUGUUCUCAAAUAGUGAUGAAGCUGUAAUCAAUAAAAAACUUCCCAAAGAACUCCUGUUACGGAUAUUUUCUUUUCUAGAUGUUGUUACCCUGUGCCGCUGUGCUCAGGUCUCCAGGGCCUGGAAUGUUCUGGCUCUGGAUGGCAGUAACUGGCAGCGAAUUGACCUAUUUGAUUUCCAGAGGGAUAUUGAGGGCCGAGUAGUGGAGAACAUUUCAAAACGAUGUGGGGGCUUUUUACGAAAGUUAAGUCUUCGUGGAUGUCUUGGAGUGGGAGACAAUGCAUUAAGAACCUUUGCACAAAACUGCAGGAACAUUGAAGUACUGAAUCUAAAUGGGUGUACAAAGACAACAGACGCUACAUGUACUAGCCUUAGCAAGUUCUGUUCCAAACUCAGGCACCUUGACUUGGCUUCCUGUACAUCAAUAACAAACAUGUCUCUAAAAGCUCUGAGUGAGGGAUGUCCACUGUUGGAGCAGUUGAACAUUUCCUGGUGUGACCAAGUAACCAAGGAUGGCAUUCAAGCACUAGUGAGGGGCUGUGGGGGUCUCAAGGCCUUAUUCUUAAAAGGCUGCACGCAGCUAGAAGAUGAAGCUCUCAAGUACAUAGGUGCACACUGCCCUGAACUGGUGACUUUGAACUUGCAGACUUGCUUGCAAAUCACAGAUGAAGGUCUCAUUACUAUAUGCAGAGGGUGCCAUAAGUUACAAUCCCUUUGUGCCUCUGGCUGCUCCAACAUCACAGAUGCCAUCCUGAAUGCUCUAGGUCAGAACUGCCCACGGCUUAGAAUAUUGGAAGUGGCAAGAUGUUCUCAAUUAACAGAUGUGGGCUUUACCACUCUAGCCAGGAAUUGCCAUGAACUUGAAAAGAUGGACCUGGAAGAGUGUGUUCAGAUAACAGAUAGCACAUUAAUCCAACUUUCUAUACACUGUCCUCGACUUCAAGUAUUGAGUCUGUCUCACUGUGAGCUGAUCACAGAUGAUGGAAUUCGUCACCUGGGGAAUGGGGCCUGCGCCCAUGACCAGCUGGAGGUGAUUGAGCUGGACAACUGCCCACUAAUCACAGAUGCAUCCCUGGAGCACUUGAAGAGCUGUCAUAGUCUUGAGCGGAUAGAACUCUAUGACUGCCAGCAAAUCACACGGGCUGGAAUCAAGAGACUCAGGACCCAUUUACCCAAUAUUAAAGUCCACGCCUACUUCGCACCUGUCACUCCACCCCCAUCAGUAGGGGGCAGCAGACAGCGCUUCUGCAGAUGCUGCAUCAUCCUAUGACAAUGGAGGUGGUCAACCUUGGCGAACUGAGUAUUUAAUGACACUUCUAGAGCUACCGUGGAGUCUCUCCAGUGGAAGCAACCCCAGUGUUCUGAGCAAGGGUUACAAAGUGAGGGAGGGCAGUGUCCAGAUCCCCAGAGCCACACAUACAUACACAUACACACCCUUACCCCCAUCCACUCUAGCUUUGUGACCAUGGGACUGAAGUUUGUGAUGGCUUUAUCAAGUAGAUUGGUAAAAUUUAACCAUUCCUGUUGAGGUGCCCAUAAGAAAAUCAUAGGCCAAGAUAGGGAGGGGCAUUCCGGCAAACCCAGUGUUAAUGCUACUGUGGUUUUUAAAUUUUUGUCUAGGAGUUUCUUUGGGGAUUUUAGAACAGCAUCUGCUGUCCUCCAGGGUCAAGAAAAGCAUGGAAAGACAAUAUAUGAUGUACCCAGGGACCAGAAAGAAAAUUUCUUUGCAUCUUAGAAAUGGUAGACAUUCAUUGUGACUACAGAGCUUCUAUGCUUCCUUGUUUCCAUGCCAACAUGCUGAGCAUGCUCACAAAGAAGGCUCGUCCAUUCCUCCUGUGUUUUAGUAUUUGGCCCAGAGAUUUCCUAAAUGGUUGCAUUGAAAUCACUGUGGUCCAAAUGUAAUUCUUAUACACUCAAAUUAUCACUGUCUGUAGCACACUUGUGCACCUGUCUUCCCGUUCUCUGUUGCUCCCCCCCGCACUCUUGCUCAGUCUGUCACCUGUUCAGUCUGCUUACUCACUCAGUUGUCACCCUUUUGCUGUUGUCGUGUUUACAAUUUGCAUUUUGAAUGAUUAGUUGGGAUUACCAAACAUUUUUUAAAAAGAUAUUAUCAAUAAAUAUUUUUUUAAUUCUAAA